AUGGCAGGGGAUCUCUACAGCCCCCCAUCCCCACUCGGGGACUCUUUACUGGACAACCCUCUUUGUGAGGACCUCAUGGAGGACCUUCAAAACAUUUCUCAGUCCAUUGGAGAAGACACUCAUGGAUUUGAUUUCCCAGAGUACCAGAGCGCCCAUUCGGGGUCGGAGAACUCCAUUGCGUUGGACACCUUAACUCCAGCCUCCAGUCCGUCACCAGUGGGCUGUCGGGAGGCGCCGGAUCCCGACGAGUUCUUAGGCGCCAUCAGCCUGGAGUGCAAAGUGUGUUCAGACAAAGCGUCGGGCUUCCACUACGGCGUUCACGCCUGCGAGGGUUGCAAGGGUUUCUUCAGGAGAACGCUCCGGCUCAAGCUGGAGUACGACAAGUGCGAACGACGCUGCAAAAUCCAGAAGAAAAACCGAAACAAGUGCCAGUACUGCCGCUUCCACAAGUGCCUUUCGGUGGGCAUGUCCCACAACGCCAUCCGCUUCGGUCGCAUGCCCCAGGCGGAGAAGAUAAAGCUGAAGGCGGAGAGCAAGAUUGUGAAGAAGAUAGAAGUUAGCCCUACGCGGUCCGACCACAAAGUCCUCAUUGGGUGCAUCCACGAAGCCUACAUGAAGAACUUCAACAUGAACAAAGCAAAAGCUCGGCUCAUACUCACCGGCAAGGCGAGCAAGCCGCCUUUUGUAAUCCACGACAUGGAGACUUUCCAGCUAGCAGAGCAGACGCUAGCGGCGCAAGUGUCGAGGGGGAGCGAUGUGGAGGCUCACGACGGGCUGCGGGCGGGGGUGCUGAUCGCCGCCGUGGGAUGCGGCGGACUCCGGCGGAGGGAGGCCGAAGCGCGACUCUUCCAUUGCUGCCAAAGCACCUCCGUGGAGACGGUCACCGAGCUCACCGAGUUCGCUAAAGCUAUUCCGAGCUUCCAGAACCUCGACUUGAACGACCAGGUGACUCUUCUCAAGUACGGCGUUUACGAGGCCCUCUUCACGCUCCUGGCCUCGUGCAUGAACAAAGACGGGCUCCUGGUGGCACGUGGCGGCGGAUUCAUCACCCGCGAGUUCCUCAAGAGCCUGCGGCGGCCGUUCAGCGACAUGAUGGAGCCCAAAUUCCAGUUCGCCACACGCUUCAACUCCCUAGAACUGGACGACAGCGACCUGGCGCUCUUCGUGGCCGCCAUCAUCUGCUGCGGAGACCGUCCUGGUCUGGUGGACGCAAGUCUGGUGGAGCAGCUUCAAGAAGGCAUCGUAUUGGCUCUGCGGCUCCAUCUGCAGGCCAACCACCCCGACGACGCCUUCCUCUUCCCGAGACUGUUGCAGAAACUGGCCGAUCUGCGGGAACUGGUGACCGAGCACGCUCAGUUGGUGCAGGAAAUUGAAACGACGGAGGACGCGUCGCUGCAUCCUCUCCUCCAGGAGAUCUACAGGGAUAUGUACUAA